UGAAUGAAUUGAUGACCAAAUGUGCACUCAUUGGUUGGUUUUGAGCAUUCAUUUGAGGCAUACAUUGCAGUGAAUGAGUGUCUGAUUGAGUGUUGCGUUGAAUCACUCGUCACUCGUCUGUUGACUAAACAACAACUCUUCCCACCAUUUGAUCCAAAGUGUGGUCCAAAACAUCCAAACGAUGGCCUCUUUUAAUAUCGAUUCGUUCUUCAAUUCAUUGAACCGUAAAAUUGAACCGCAAAUCCAAAGCCACUUAAAGGAUGUCUAUUCCUCGAUGUCUGUGGCGCUGUUGAGCGCAGCCAUCGGUGGUUACAUCCAUUUGUUCACUAAUUUACUACAAGGUGGUAUACUGUCAUCAUUGGUGGCGAUCGGGUUUGUGAUCGCUCUCUACUCCACUCCAGACAACGGCAAGAAUCGGUCGACAAGACUCUGGUAUUUGAUUGGCUUCGCGUUCGCAUCGGGUCUUGGUUUGGGACCACUUAUGGAAUACGCGAUUUUGGUUAACCCGACGAUCAUUCCGACGGCUUUCCUCUCGACAUGUGUUGUAUUCGGCUGUUUCUCUCUGAGCGCUGUCUUCAGUGAUCAGCGAAAAUGGCUUUAUUUGGGCGGAACUCUCAUGUCAUUCCUCUCACUUCUUCUGAUGCUUUCUAUCAUUAAUCUGUUCAUUGGAUCCCAACUCUUAUAUCAGAUCCACUUGUAUUUGGCAUUCUUCGUCGUCUGUGGCUUUAUUAUGUACGACACAAACCUCAUCAUUGAGAAGAGACGCCGCGGAGACACCGACUAUAUCUCGCAUUCAGUUCUUCUGUUCUUGGAUUUCAUCGAUAUUUUCCGAUAUCUUCUCAUUAUUUUGACGCAAAAGAUUGACGACAAAGAGUUUGCCAUUCCGGCCAUCGAUGGACCGCUUCCCACAAUCGACAGUAUUCUCAAUGAGGAAGACAACGACUCCAUCGAUAGUGAUCUUCAAUUGGAGGCAAUCGACACGACAAGUGGUUUGAAUGAAUUUCUCGAAUCAACUGAAAACUCUUCGAUCAGUAGUUUUGAGUCGAGAGGAGUGGCGAGAAAGUCGUCGACAGCGCUUCCAUCCAAUGAAUCCAUAGCGAGAAGUGUGUCAUUCAAUGGAUCUGUUAUACGGCACUCGAUUCUGAAGGCAAUAUCUGCUCAAAUCAAGUCCGCAGACACCGAUCGCAUCAAUGGUGGAAAGCCGACAGCGCUUACCGUUUCCACACUUUACGUCGCUAUCGGGACAUCGCAUGGAUUUGUUCUCGUCUUUGAUUUACGACAAGUGAUGAAAUCAUGUCUCCGUACAGACAGUGAUUUGGGAUCAGUGUCUGCGAUGUCUAUCAAACGCGAUAACUCGAGACUACUUUGCGGUUAUAGCAGA